GGAUGGUCCUGAACAGAGCUCUGAUUCUGGGGGUCCUCGCCCUGACCACCAUGACAAGCCCCUGUGGAGGUGAAGACAUUGUGGCUGACCACGUUGGCACCUACGGCGCAGACUUCUACCAAUCUUAUGGUCCCUCUGGCGAGUACAUCCACGAAUUUGAUGGAGACGAGCUGUUUUAUGUGGACCUGGGGAAGAAAGAGACUGUCUGGCGGCUGCCUAUGUUUGGUGAAUUAACAAGUUUUGACCCGCAAGGUGCAUUGAGUAAUAUAGCUAUAGCGAAACACAACUUGGAUAGGCUGACUAAACUCUACAACUUUACCCCAGUUAUCAACGAGGUUCCUGAGGUGACUGUGUUUUCCAAGUCUCCCGUGAUGCUGGGUCAGCCCAACACCCUCAUCUGUCAUGUGGACAACAUCUUUCCCCCUGUGAUCAACAUCACAUGGUUGAGGAAUGGGCAUGCAGUCACAGAGCAUGUUUCUGAGACCAGCUUCCUCCUCAAAAGUGAUUAUUCCUACCUCAAGAUAAGUUAUCUCACCUUCCUCCCUUCUGAUGAUGACGUUUAUGACUGCAAAGUGGAGCACUGGGGCCUGGAUGAGCCACUGCUCAAACACUGGGAGCCUGAGAUUCCAGCCCCUAUGUCAGAGCUGACGGAAACUGUGGUCUGUGCCCUGGGGUUGACCGUGGGCCUCGUAGGCAUCAUGGUGGGCACUGUCCUCAUCAUCCGAGGUCUGCGCUCAGGUGGGACCUCCAGACACCAAGGGCCCUUGUGAGGGCCCAGAAGAAAGGUGCACUGUCCAUCCACGAGAACAGAAAAAUG